CUCCAGCAACAGCUUCAGAACUAGGUACCACUAUGAUCUCCACCUAAUCUGCAAAGAUGUGCAAAAAUCAUGCUCUGAGAAAACAAAGCAAAACAUAAAACAUCUGGCCUCAAGUCACAUACCUAGGAAGAGAUGAUGCUGGGAUAUGAAUUUAAGGAGUUUGUCCCAAACACUGUAGUCUAUUUUUUAUUUGUUUUUUUUUAAAGAUCUACUUAUUUACUUGAAAAACAAAAGUACAGUGCAGAAGGGUGCCCGUGGAUCUGCCUGGGGAAGUUAGACUUUCCCUGGGGACCCAGAAAAGCUGAGAAAUGUCACACAGCUGUGUCUCCAGCUCCAGAGGGAGCCAAGCUGGGGAGAACAAUUCAGUCUCUCCCACGUGAGUCCACUGAGCCUCUCAACACCUGUAUCAGGCUCAGAAAUGAUGUGUGUCUGCCUCCUUGAGACUACCCUAGUAGGGGGGGAAAAACAGCAAGCUGACAGUGCAGUGACACAGGCGUGCCUGAUGGAGAUGCUAAGGGAGGCCAGAAGACAGGUGGAGGAGAGAUUCUGCAGUGGCUCACCUGCCAGCUCCAGGCAUUGGACCUCCCAAUCCCAGCACCCUGGAGUGUCUGCUUCUCAUGAAAGUGCCAGCUCUUCCCAGUGGCUGUUUGAGACUUGUCCUGGGGAAAGGCUGUCAUUCCAGCUUUGUGAGCAAGGACAGGGCAGCUUCUUCCCCGUUUUCCUGGUCCUUGAGGGUUCUGAGAUGUCAGGCCUGACCUGGGGUGAGCUCUUCUCUCUCCGUCCUUUCUCAGCUAAGGUGACUCUGGAUCUGGACACGGCCUUUGUAGAACUCUUUCUGUCUGAAGAUUGCCGAAGCGUGCAGCGCAGAAAUUUGUGGCAGGAGCUCCCAGAGAAGCCUGGAAGGUUUUUGUGUGAGCCUUGUGUGCUAGGCCACGAGGCCUUCUCUUCGGGGAGGCAUUACUGGGAGGUAGAAGUGGGGGACAGGAUUUUCUGGGAGCUUGGGGUGUGUGAAGAUAAUGUGGAAAGGAUAUGGGGCAUCACAGAGUCACCCCAACAUGGUGUCUGGGCCUUAGAAUUCUGUGACACCAAGUAUCAUGCUCUUACCUCCCCACGGACACCCCUGCCCCUCAGUGAGCCCCUUAGUCGGCUGGGGGUUUUCUUAAACUACGACGCAGGGGAUGUCUCCUUCUACAACGCAACUGAUGGAUCCCACCUCUACUCCUUCCCUCCAACCUCCUUCUCGAGGCCCCUCCUCCCUUUCUUCUGCCUGUGGUUCUAUGAUCCAACCCCUCUGACCAUCUGCCACUGAGGCUGUAGGUACAGGAAGUUUCAAUUGCCCCUG